CACGACUCGGAUGUAAACAAAACCACACGUGAAGAUGGACGCAUUCAGCCACAAGUUAAACACAUUACUCAAGAAACCAGAGGAAUACUUAAGGCCACAGAGUAAACUUCGGGAAGCAUGGGUAACACAGACAAAAGCAGUUUAUGAUUUCAUGAAAAGUGAAGAAAAAUGCCAUGAUCUCCCAAAAUGUAACGAAGCUGUGCCUGAGCUGUAUACUGAUGGCCUUGAUGAUGAACAGAUCUGGCAACUUGUGGAACUACAGAACAAGGGACUCUUGGCUUCCCCUGAGAACCUUGAGGGUCUUGAUGACUCGAACUUGUGUUACAUGGUGGCCAAGCUCAGCAGCCUGGCCAAGUAUGAUAAACUAGGGGUGGAAGAAGAUGAGGGGAAGAAUGAGGGCUUUGAUGGAGGAGGAGACGAGGGGAGCAGUGGACUGGGGGACGAGGAAAGUAGUGGUCUGGGAGACUCAGAAGACGGUGGUUUUGAAGAUUUUGAUGAUAAUGAAGAUGACUUGGGGGAGGCUGAAGAGGAUGGGAUGGAAGAUGACGAGGAAGAAGACAGUGAUGAUGAUCUACUUGUAAAGCCUGAGGAUAUUGAAAAGACAGGGCUGAAUCUAGAUUUUGGCAUGGACACUGAUGAUGAGCCAGACAACUUUGAUGAACUCAUAGCUCCAGAAGGAAAGGAAACAGACGAUGAGGAGGAAGAGGAGGAAAAUGAAGGGGAGGAGGAGGAUUAUCAAGAUGAAAGUGGGGAUGACUCUAGAAUAGAAAAGGAAAGAUCUGAAAGGAAGGGACCUGUUAAACCCUCAAACUUUGCAAGAAGUAAAGUUGAUUCAAAAUUCUUCAACCUGAGAGAGAGUGAGUGGAUAGCUGAUAAUGAUAUCCUUGGGCAGAACUAUGAUAUAAAAGAUGAUGAUGUGGAUUAUAUGCAAGAUAUGUCAGAUGGUGAAGAAGAGGAUGAGGUUAUGUACAAAGACUUCUUUGAUGAAGCUCCAGAUGGUGAAAAUGCCAACACCAAUGGAGAGUAUGAAGAAGAGUAUGAAGAAAAUGAUGAAAAUGAUGCAGAGUCAAGAGGUCGAGGAUUUUCUGAACGCGGAGAUAAUGAGGGCGAUUCAUCUACAAUGCCUCUACUUGGCCAGAAGCAGUUGGAGACAAAAUCAUCAUACGAGAAGGAAAGAGAGAAGGAAAUGCGAAUGAUCAACACCCUCGAGGAAGACGUCAUUGCAGAAAAGCCAUGGCAUCUUCGAGGAGAAAUCUCAGCCGCUAACAGGCCAGAAAAUUCAGCACUGGAAGAACAGAUGGACUACAAUAUUGGAGUUAAACAAAAACCAGUCAUCACAGAAGACAUAACAACCCUCCUUGAAAGGGUUAUAUUGGGCCGUAUCCGGAGUAAAGCCUUUGAUGAUGUAGAACGUAAAGUGAAGGUUGCAGCUGAUCCCUUUGAGUUCAAGAAAAAGCUUCUUCUGGACCAGGAGAAGUCCAAGCAAAGUCUUGCUGAAAUUUAUGAGCAGGAAUACUUGAAACAAAAUGAAGGGAGUAGCAAGAAAGACGAGGAGGAGACGGCAGAACACAAGGAGAUCAGAGAGAGAAUGGAUAAUCUCUUUUCACAGCUGGACAUGCUGGCAAACUUCCACUACAUGCCCAAGCAGGUUCAACCCGAGGUGAAGAUCAAGAGCAACUUGCCGGCCAUUAGCAUCGAGGAAGCAACACCUCUGGCUAUGAGUGAUGCAUCCACUUUGGCUCCACAGGAAAUCAUGGCUCCAGUCCAAGGAGAGCUCAAAGGAAAGGACGAACGGACUGCAACAGACAAGAAACGCGAGCGACGCAAGAAGAAGCAGCACCAGAAGAGCAGGGCCAUUGUGCAGGAGAAGAAACUGAAGGAGAAGCUGAAGAAGGCUGGGCCGGAUGGGAAACUCAACACCUCCUCAAUGCUGAAGGUGGUUGAGAAGGCAGUCAAGGCCGGACACGUGAAAAUGCUUGAUGGGCAACAAAAUAAAACAAUGAAGACCUCACAUGCAUUCUUCAAACAAUUGCAAGAUAAUGUGUCUGGGGGCAAUAAACCUACGAGCAAGAAAAAGAAGAAAUCUGAUCAUGGGUUAUCUGCUUCUAAAAUAUUAUUAUAGGCUGUUAAUGAAUACUAAAGAACUUGUUUAUAUUGAUAUAAUAAAGGUUGAUUUGAUUUUUUAAAA